AUGGCGGAGCCGGCGGAGAAGCUGUACCGGGCGGAGUAUGCCAAGAGCGGCCGCGCUUCUUGCAAGAAGUGCGGCGAGAGCAUCGCUAAGGACUCGCUGCGCCUGGCCCUUAUGGUGCAGUCACCUAUGUUUGAUGGCAAAAUCCCUCACUGGCACCACUACAGCUGCUUCUGGAAGCGGGCUCGAGUCGUGUCCCAUACAGACAUUGAUGGCUUCCCCGAGCUCCGGUGGGAAGAUCAGGAGAAAAUCAAGAAAGCCAUUGAAACUGGAGGCCCUGGAGGAGGAGGGGAACAGGAAGGAGGUGGCAAGGCUGAGAAGAGCCUCAAUGAUUUUGCUGCAGAAUAUGCCAAGUCUAACAGAAGUACUUGCAAAGGCUGUGAACAGAAAAUAGAGAAGGGCCAGAUCCGAAUUUCCAAGAAGAUGGUGCAUCCUGAGAAGCCACAGCUGGGAAUGAUAGAUAACUGGUACCACCCGGACUGCUUCGUCAGCCGCCGAGCAGAGCUGGGCUUCCUACCGGCCUACGGGGCCGCACAGCUCCUGGGCUUCAGCAUCCUGAAGGCUGAGGAUAAAGAAACUCUGAAGAAGCAGCUCCCAGCCACCAAGAGCGAAGGAAAGAGAAAAGGAGAAGAGGUAGAUGGAAAUGUGACUGUGAAAAAGAAACAGAAAAAAGAAAAAGAGAAAGAAUCAAAGCAAGAAAAGCUGCUGAAGGAACAGACAGAGCUGAUCUGGGGCAUCAAGGAUGAGCUGAGGAAGGUUUGCUCCACUAAUGACCUGAAAGAGCUGCUGAUCGCCAACAAGCAGGAAGUCCCUGCAGGGGAGAAUGCUAUUUUGGACCGAGUAGCAGAUGGGAUGGCGUUUGGAGCCCUGCUUCCCUGUGAGGAGUGUAAGGGGCAGUUUGUGUUCAAGAGUGAUGCCUAUUACUGCUCAGGGAAUAUCACUGCCUGGACUAAGUGUGUUGCUAAAACACAGGCUCCCAGCAGGAAGGACUGGGUGAUCCCAAAGGAGUUUCGGGAAAUUCCUUACCUGAAGAAAUUUAAGUGUAAGAAACAGGACAGGGUGUUCCCUCCAGACGCUGUGAAUGUGAACUCUGUGCCUCCUCCCUCUGCAUCUGCUCCUUUGACACAGACUGUGUCCGCACCUAGAGAUAAACCUCUGACCAACAUGAAGAUCCUGGUCCUUGGAAAGCUGUCAAAGAACAAGGAGGAAGUGAAGGGCAUUGUGGAGGACCUGGGAGGAAAGAUGACAACAACAGCUAACAAGGCCACCCUGUGCAUUAGCACUCAGAAGGAUGUGGAGAAAAUGAGCAAGAAGAUGGAAGAAGUAAAGGAGGCCAAAGUCCGAGUGGUCUCAGAGAAGUUUCUUCAGGAUGUGAAAUCCUCCAGCAAGGACUUUCAGGAGCUUGUGUCUCUCCAUGCACUUUCCCCUUGGGGUGCAGAAGUGAAAAUGGAGCAUGAGGAAAUGGCUGUGGAUGGGAAGUGCAGCAAGCCCCCAAGCAUGAAGAGUGCUGGGAAGGUCAAAGAGGAACAAGGACCUAGCAAGUCUGAAAAGAAAAUGAAGCUAACAGUUAAGGGUGGAGCUGCUGUAGAUCCUGAUUCUGGUUUGGAGGAUUCUGCUCACGUCUUUGAAAAAGGUGGAAAGAUUUUCAGUGCAACUCUGGGCCUAGUAGAUAUUGUGAAAGGAACAAAUUCCUACUAUAAACUUCAGCUGCUAGAGGAUGACAGAGAGAACAGAUACUGGGUGUUCAGGUCCUGGGGGCGCGUGGGCACCGUCAUCGGGAGCAACAAGCUGGAGCAGAUGCCGUCAAAAGAGGAUGCUGUGGAACACUUCCUGAAUUUGUACGAAGAGAAAACUGGCAACUCCUGGCAUUCAAAGAACUUCACUAAAUACCCCAAAAAAUUCUACCCCCUGGAAAUAGAUUAUGGACAGGAUGAAGAAGCUGUCAGAAAACUGACAGUAGGUGCUGGGACAAAAUCAAAACUUGCUAAGCCAAUCCAAGACCUUAUUAAGAUGAUCUUUGAUGUGGAGAGCAUGAAGAAAGCAAUGGUGGAAUUUGAGAUUGACCUGCAGAAGAUGCCACUGGGAAAGCUGAGCAAGCGACAGAUCCAGAGUGCAUACUCCAUCCUUAAUGAGGUUCAGCAGGCAGUUUCUGACAGUGGUUCAGAAUCCCAGAUCUUGGACCUCUCCAACCGCUUCUAUACUCUGAUUCCUCAUGACUUUGGGAUGAAGAAACCACCUCUCCUAAAUAACUUGGAAUACAUUCAGGCUAAAGUGCAGAUGUUGGACAACUUGCUUGAUAUUGAGGUUGCUUACAGCCUUCUCAGAGGUGGAAAUGAAGAUGGAGAUAAAGACCCAAUUGACAUCAACUAUGAAAAACUUCGAACUGAUAUUAAGGUUGUUGACAAAGAUUCAGAAGAAGCCAAGAUUAUUAAACAAUAUGUGAAAAAUACUCAUGCUGCUACUCACAACGCUUAUGAUCUCAAAGUCAUGGAAAUCUUCAGGAUCGAGCGUGAAGGCGAGAGCCAGCGUUACAAACCGUUCAAGCAGCUUCACAACCGCCAGCUGCUGUGGCACGGUUCCCGCACCACCAACUUUGCUGGGAUCCUCUCACAGGGGCUCCGGAUAGCCCCUCCUGAAGCUCCUGUGACUGGCUACAUGUUUGGGAAGGGCAUCUAUUUUGCAGACAUGGUAUCCAAGAGUGCCAACUACUGUCACACAUCUCAGGCUGAUCCCAUAGGCUUACUACUACUGGGAGAAGUAGCCCUUGGAAAUAUGUAUGAACUAAAAAAUGCUUCUCACAUAACAAAAUUGCCCAAGGGAAAACACAGUGUGAAAGGCUUGGGCAAAACUGCACCUGAUCCCACAGCCACCACCACCCUUGGUGGUGUAGAGGUUCCCUUAGGGAACGGGAUCUCAACAGGAAUUAAUGAUACCUGUCUUCUGUAUAAUGAAUAUAUUGUGUAUGAUGUUGCUCAGGUAAACCUGAAGUACCUGCUGAAACUGAAAUUCAACUAUAAGACAUCGCUCUGGUGAACACUGUGUAGAAGCCUUGUUAGAGUUAUACUGUAGUUAUGCUAUAGAGUUGACUUCUGACAUGCUUAUGCAUUGACUUCUCUUACCAAGAUAUCAAGAGCUAAACUGCAGAAGAGGUUACUAAAUCCUAUUUAGUACAACACUUAGUGAAAGUUUUAUAUAAAUGUGAGGCGACACAAGGACCCGAAUUCUGAUAAGGACAAGUACCUGGCUUUUGUUUUAUACCACUUCUAAUUUGGGGGCUUUCUUUUAAUUGACCAAACUGACACCCUGCCCCCUCCCCCCCAAAAAAAAAAAACAAAUCAAGCUUAUGUUUUUAGCCAAACAGAGCUAGACAGUAGCAGGAGAAGGAACCUGAGGAUGUUUGUGGUAUUUGCGCUGUUAGGGUUCCCUCUUGUUUAAGACACUUUUUUGUGUUGUUUUUUUUUUUCUUUCCAGUUUUCAUUUGAAUAAAUGAUAAAUGUGCAUUUAU